AUGGGGAUAAGAGAUAUUCCGCUUCGCCUUCUCCGGGACUACUUAACAGAUAGGAAACAGAGGGUGAAACUGGGUGACUGCAGUUGUACCAGUGAAUAUGAGGACGUGACGUAUGGAGUACCUCAAGGCUCUGUGCUUGGCCCAACGCUAUUCCUAAUUUAUAUUAACGACUUGUGCGACUUAAAGAUCCCCCACGCAGAUAUAUUUUCGUAUGCUGACGACACCGCCAUCGUCUUCACUGGUGCUUCAUGGGAAGAUGUUCAGAAAUUCGCGGAGACUGGACUUCCCGUGUUAACCUAUUGUUUGCCUGUUUGGGGUGGUGCUGCCAAGACUCGCUUUAUAGACGUAGAGAGAGCUCAGCGUAGUCUUCUCAAAAUUAUGUACUUUAAGAAGAUGUGGUUCUCAACUGACAAGUUAUAUCAAUUGUAUUUAACCUCACACUGCGUCGGCGAUACAGGCAAACACCUCAUUAUCGCACACACCAAACUUGUCAACCUCAUGCUUUCUGGAAAAGUCAACCCCCUCUUUGAACCCAUUAUUUAUGGUGCAAAUCUUAUAGCUCUCACAAAAAAAGAUGGGGGAAUCAGGCCCAUUGCUGUUGGUUCAACAUUUCGGCGUUUAACUUCCAAAAUUUCCGUCCGACACGUACUUUCUAAAUUGCAAAAACAAUUUGAACCGGUACAACUUGGUUUUGGUACUAAAGGAGGAUGCGAAGCCGCCGUCCAUGCCCUCCGCACCUGCCUGAUCAAUGACCAGUGUGAGGUACUUCUAAAAAUUGACGUCAAAAAUGCCUUCAACUCUCUCAAUAGGGACGCCCUGCUUGCAGAAGUCAACAACCACGCUCCGGAACUUUAUAACUAUUUAUUAAAUUGCUAUGCAAAUCCUUCAAAAUUACUGUACAAAAAUCACGAAAUUUCCUCCGAAGUUGGCUGCCAGCAAGGCGACCCUCUCGGACCAGCCAUCUUCAGUUUAGCUAUCAAUCCAGUUGUUCAAAACCUGAAUUCAAAAUUUAACGUUUGGUACUUGGAUGAUGGUACCCUAGGAGGUGAUGUAAACACAGUACUUGCUGACCUUUCGGAAAUAAUAAAUAAAUUUAAGCUAAUAGGAUUGGAAUUGAAUUGUGAAAAGUGCGAAUUAUAUUUAAACCGUUAUAAUCCCGACAUCGUACAAAAAUUUCAAGCCAUCACUCCCAAUAUAAAAGUAGUCAGCAAGGACUCACUAAACCUCCUAGGGUCACCAAUUUUCGAAGAAGCCAUUCCCAGCAUUACUACAAACGCGAUUACUAAAUUCAAAAACUGCGCCGAUCGCUUGCUCGAAAUCGAUUCCCAUUCCGCUCUGACUAUUCUAAAAUUUUGCCUUUUUGUACCAAAAUUUACUUACUUGCUACGCUGCUGUCCAUUUUGGAAACACCAAAACUCCUUAUUAUCGAUUGACAACCUUAUUAGAUCUUCCUUAGAAUCCGUUCUAAAUAUACAGCUUAGCGAGCAUUCUUGGAACCAGGCGUCCCUGCCCAUCAGAUUCGGCGGGCUGGCUCUGACGGCCCUGCGCGCGCACGGCUUCUCGCAGUUGCAGAACAAGAAUCCGGCCAGUGGCUGCAUGCCUAUCCCUCCCCCCCCACUGGUACAUAUCUAGAGCCGGAUACUUUACGUUUAGCCGUAAGUCUUAGAUUAGGGGUAAAGGUCUGCGCCCCCCACAGAUGCCCCUGCGGCGCAACCGUCGAUGUGCUUGGACACCACGGCCUUUCUUGUCAAUUAAGCGCUGGUCGCCUCUCCAGGCACGCUGCCCUGAACGAUAUCAUCCGCCGUUCUCUUGCCAC